AUGCUGCUGGAGAUGGCGGGAGAAGGCCCUGUAGGGGGCAGGCGAGGGGCCUACAGUCCGAAGACAUUGCUAUCGGCACUCCAGAGGGUCCACCCGUCCUUCAGGGGCUACUACCAGCACGAUGCGCACGAGAUGUUUAUGCGCCUGGUGGGUACUCUCGAGGACGAGGAAGACUCCUUCAUCAAAAAGCGCCGGCAAGAGGAGAGGGAAGCGGAGGAGGAGGAGGACGAGGAGGAGGAGGAAGAGGAGAAGGAUAAGGGGUGUACGGGAGGGGACAACAACGGCGGAGGCAACCCUAGGCAUGGAAUCGAGCACACGAAUGGCAGCGAGGGCGGCGGGGGCGACUCUAUCGGGCAGGCCAAUGCGGAUAACACUGUGGCAGAUCCAGCAGCGUGUCAGUCGCCAGGGCCGCCGACCGAAGGAGUUUUGGCCCGCGACAGCGGCAAUGGGGGGGCCGUAGUACCGUACGCUGCCGAGUGGAGUGCGGAUGGUGCUAGCGGGGAGGAGAAAGUGGAGGUGGCGAAACUGGGCGCUCAAGAUGAAGGGCCUGCGGCCGUGUCUGCGGAAAGCUUGAAGGAGCAUGGUGCACCGGUUGACGCGGCUUUGCCUGAAGCGGGCUCCGCAGUCGCGGCCGAGAAUGGAGAAAGUUACCCAAACAGCGAAGGAAAGGGUUUGGCCGACGAUGAUACAGCUGAAGACCCUUCCUCCUCUGUGUGGACGAACCCAGGUUCUGAUGACGGAGGGACGGACGAAGCCUGCGUGGGGAACGGCGAGGCCACCGGGAAAAGAUCUGACCAUGGCGCGGGAGCAGGGGCGACGCGAGCCGAAAGUGCUACUCCUACCCGUGAAGAUGACAGCAGAACUGGGCCAGUGCCAGACGAAGACGGGGUGGACGAUUCCGAGGGUUUUCAGCUGUCUGCCAAGCAGAAAAGGAAGGUCGCUCGACAGGAGCGCGAAAAGCGGCGGUUGAUGGAAGCUGAGGCGAAAGCGAGGGAAGGCACCGGUGGUGACGCUGCGGAUGGCACAGGGCAAGGGGGUGGUGACGACACUGCAGAAGCGGUGGUGGACAAACCCGCACAUGAGACGCCGCAGGACGAACGAGAGGAAGCCUCAGAGCCUAGCGGAACUGACCUGGGCGACGAAGGAGAAGACGGGGCGUCGGAGGCUCUUUUGCCGGGUUUCCAGCUCUCGGCCAAGGAGCAAAAGAAGAUUGCUCGCCAAGAGAAAAUUGGGAGGCAGCGUUUGACGGAAGCUGAGGCAAAGGCGUGCUCGGAGGAGGAGCGAAGAAGCGCCUCUCAGACCCCGCGGCACGAAGAGGGCGAGACCGCUGAUGGGGGCGGAGAGGUUGUCGAUGCGAUCGCUUCGACUGCGGCGGGCUCCGACGAGGGGUCGCCUGCGGAUGGGACCGAUGUAGAGGCUGUGGUGACUGCAGAAAAGCCGAGAGGCCAAGAGGAAGAGUUUCAAGAGGCGGCGGUGGUAUUGGAUGGGACACACACAAGUGGCAGCGAUAUCGGAGACGGUGAUGGCAGCGCAGGAAACACUGGUCUCGCUUCGAUGACGCCGAAACCGACGGACUCGGCCGUCCCUGGUGCGGAAAGCUUGGGGUCCUCGGGUCACGAGAGUCGGAACGGUGACACUUCCAUACCCCAUUCGACAAGUCGAGCCGCGGGUGUUUGCGAGCGAGUUGAUUGCAACGGGGGAAGCGUUGACGCCGGCUCGCCGCCGCCGCCGCCGACGGCUCGUGAAGACUCUUUGGCCGGAAUCGCUAGCGGCGGACAGGUUGGGCAAGGGACGGGAGCAGUAGCUGGGACCGUUAGCAAUGGGCAAGAGCAACAAGCGGCGGAGAUGGGGCUUCGAGAUCGAUUCGAAGCGGACGGAAACCUGGACGGUGCGGGAACUUUCAGCUCGUCAAGCAGCCUUGGCGGUUGCACAACCGGCGACACACAAGGAAGCACCGACGUUUGCGAGGACGGCCGGAGCGCCUUUGGCAGCGAGUGCAGCGAAGGAAACGGCAAUGACAAGAAGUACGAGGAGAGCGCGGCGGCUCCUACCAACGGAUUGUCGAAGUGUCUCGAUGGCCCGGAGGUGUUUGAGUCGGAGGCAGAGAGGGAACGUCAGCGUUCACACUCGCGGGCUCCAGACUCGACAACGGCUUGUCUCGAGGGGGGCGACGGGUCGGUAGAGGGAAAGGCAGUUGGUGUGGAACGCGACCGGGAGUCGCAGUCAGCAGGCGGCGGUGCUGCUGCGGACGAGAACGGCGGAGACAAGCACGCGGACAGCAGCCACGCCAACGGAGACCGUUGUGGAGGCGAGGAAGAAGCCAGCAGCGUCGCUGUCUCUCCUGCCACCGCAUCACCCCCCGGUGCCGCCGCCGCCGCGGUCCCGCGGAAUCCUCUCGACCGCCUUCAGGAACCGUCGGCACGAAAGAAGCUAGAAAGGAGACACGACCCCGACGGGAUUGAUCUCUACGGGUGCCUGGAUCACUUCAUGGCGGAGGAGAAAUUGGUCGCGGCGGACGGCAACGGUUACCACUGUGAGAGCUGCAGUUCUCGCGAAGAGGCGGCGGCGGCAGCGGCCGGCGGCGAGGGGGGCGUGAAGGCGAAGGAGGGAGCGACUAGGAGCCACCAGAACGCCCGCAAGCGUCUCCUGAUGCUCGGCCAGCCGCCAGGAGUGUUGGUGUGCCAUCUCAAGCGCCUUCAGGCGAAGAAGAAAAUCAUAAGGAGCGUCGAGUUCCCCAUCGAGCUGGACAUGACCCCGUACUUCUGGCUCGACCCCGAUGCACCGCUCUCUCCGACUCAAACACGGUACUGCCUGAGCGGCCUCGUUCAACACCGCGGCAGCCGACUCGGCGGACACUACAUCGCCUACGUCCGGGAUCGCGACGGCUGGAAGCACGCGAGCGACAGUGCCAUCAGAACGGCAACUCUCCCAGAAAUCAAGGCUUGCGAAGCGUACAUGCUUUUCUACGAGUGCUGCGACCUGAUCGAUCCGGUUGUGGCGGAUGCAGCUGAAGGUAGCGUUGGCAGCGUCAGCGAUGGUGGAGUCCACCAACUGGAUGGACGCGAGAGGAAAGCGGACGAAAACACGGGGGAACCUGGUGUAGAAGCUCUAGACAAGGCGAAGGCGGACGAAAAUGUGGAGGGAUCCGGUGUAGAAGUGCUAGACGGGGCGGACGAAAAAACCGAAGAGCCUAGUGUACACGUCCCUGAGAAGGCGGACGAACAGGCGGGGGAGCCUGGUGCAAAAGCGCUAGACGAGGUGGGCAAAAAGGCGGAGGAAUCUGGUAUGAAAGUGCUAGAAAAGGUGGGGGGAUCUGGUGUACAAACCCUAGACGAGGCGAACGAAGAUGCGAAGGAAGCCGGUGUAGAUGUGCUAGACGAGGUGGACAAAAAUGAGGGGGAACCUGGUGGACAAGCGCUCGACGAGUUGGAGGGCGAAACAGCGGUUGUUCCCGUAGGGCCGUGCAAGGGUCAGGAGGGAGGUGGGGUCACCGAACCUUCAGGAGAGGGGAAGGGGGAGCGAAAGGAUGAGAGUGUCACUUCUGUUGGUGCAGUAGACGAGAAGGGUGGAAGUUCCGGCGCCUCCGCUGGCGAGCAGGACCAAGAGCAAAACGCCGAGCCUGUGGCUAGUUCCGAGGGACGGGGUGAGGCAGAGGCGAGCGGGUACGUUCAAGUUUAGAGCAUUUUCCUCGCCGCCUUCACCGCAACAGUACCAUACCAGCGACAAGAUCUGCGGUGGGAGACUUGUCCGGAGUGACGGCUAUGGCAAGGGGUGCUGUCGUCGGUCGCUGGUGUGCAGCAGCAGCAGCAGCAGCAGAAGAUAGAUAGAUAGACUGCGCGAGGUGGCGACGAGAAAUUGGGAAGAUCUUCCCCCCGGAGUCUCUCUCCACCGCCACCCUUGAGCUCGAGAGUUUCGCUACGGAACGGAAGUGGAUCGAACGGCGCCGGCUUUUGGUGGAUUUAGGUUGCUUCGUGCAGUUAGCCGAGGUCGCGUGCUGGUUGUCGGCAGCAGAGGCUGUCUGUGGUACGUGCGACAUGGGUUAGCCUUGGCGCUGGGGGGCUUGAGUGCAGUGGGUGACAAAGGGC